GUCGAAACCAGCUCAGUAAAUGUGAACCACAACACGUUUGUUGUUGUUGUUCAGAAGACGGACAUUGCCACCACAACUGGACAGGUGGGGAAUCUGGGUCUGCUCUUCAUGUUGCUGUUCUUCAUCUAUGCAGCUCUGGGAGUUGAGCUCUUUGGAAAACUGGAGUGUUCAGACGAGAACCCUUGUGAGGGUCUUAGUCGGCACGCCACCUUUGACAACUUUGGCAUGGCUUUCCUCACACUCUUCAGGGUUUCCACUGGAGACAACUGGAAUGGGAUUAUGAAGGACACACUGCGAGAGUGCCGCCCAAACGAUCGCCACUGCCUCAACUAUCUGCCCUUGAUCUCCCCUGUCUACUUUGUUACCUUUGUCCUCACGGCCCAGUUUGUUUUGGUCAACGUGGUGGUCGCCGUUCUGAUGAAACACCUGGAAGAAAGCAACAAGGAGGCUCAGAUGGAGGAGAUGGAGGAGAGGAGAGAGAUGGAGGAGAGGAAAGAGAAGGAGAGGGAGGAGGUGGCCCGGCGCCUCAGCUGCACAUCUGAGUUGGAGAUGAACAUGGGCACACCUGUCCAGGUACAAAUGGAAGACAAGGAGUGUUCCCAUGGAAACCUGAGGAAAAUGGGACGAAUGCUGUCGCUCCCCAACGACACUUGUGUCCCACCUCUCAGAUUCUCCUCUUACACUCCCAUUGGGCAUGAGUCCGUUUGCAGCUACAGCUACUCAGGCUCUGUGUCCUCUCUGGGUUCCAGCGCAGGCAGCUCUCUGCUGCAGGUUCCAGGAGCUCUUCCUGCAAUCAGCCACGCUUCACUGGGCUCUAAACAUAGCUCCAGGCCCAUCAUCUGGCUCAGCACCUCCCAAAGCAUCGACAGGCACUCCAUACACAGACUCAGUCCGGCUAACAGCAUGGAGGGCCACAGGCUCAGUUCAGCUCAGCGGACAAACAGGCACAGACUGAGCUCAGCUCACAGUAUAGAUGGAUAUAGAUUCAGUCCGACCCGUCGACUGAACAGACACAGACUCAGCUCCACUCACAGUAUGGAUGGGUACAGAAUGAACCUCGAUCUGAUCGCAGACCGGCCGAAGCUGCAGUCCAGCCACAGCAUGGAGAGAUGUCCGUCUGUCAGGCUGAAUCCUACAGAAGCAGAGAGCAGACGUUCUUGCUGGCUCAGUCCUGAAGAGAGUAUGGACAGAAACAAGCUCAGCCCCACCUAUAUUCCAGAAAGUUCCAUCUUAAAGAGACCAGCAUCCUUCUGCUCUGCUGGCAAACAGUUAAGGAGACAGGCGGCUGUGUGCUGUGACUCCCUGGACCAGAGUGGGUCAGCUGAUGACCUGGCAGAGACCUGCCUCACUGAGCCCCCGGCUGCCUCCCCUCCGCUGUGCCAGAGAUCGUCCAGCGUGCACACACUGAAAUACACUCACCCCCAGAGGGUGAUCUCCUGCAGGAGCCACAGCCGGAGCCACAGUGAGACCACCACCCAUGAACAUGUACCUGAGCAGGCCAGCUGUGACUUACAGCCAGACACAGAGGCAGAAAAGAGGCCUGUCAGCCCUCAGGGCACGUCCAGUUUGAAUGUCACCAGCACUGAAUCUAUCCUUUCUGCUUCACUGCUUAACCACAGAGCGGCCGGGUCAGACCCCGCCCCCAUGCUGGAUGAUGCUGAUGAGGAGGUCGAUGGGAUGAACGGUUCGGUCACUCAGCCUGCUCCCGGUGGACAUCUCUUUCCGAGUCCCGGGGAGCAGCGGAGUCGCUUCAGUCACUCAGCAUCGCCCGUCUCAGGCAGGAGCAGGAAGCACCGGAUGAGCCCACCGCCGGGUGACAAGCCGGUCACUAAGGCCCCACAGUUUCUAGACAGCAGUGUUGAGCUGAGGAGGCGGACUCUGUCGUUUGAUGCCACCACUGUCUCUCCUAACCAGCAGGAGGGCAGCUCUGUGGAGGACAAAAACACAGAGCCAAACAUUCUGCUGAACUUCUCAUGAGAGGCACAAGAGCUUCAGACUGAACAGGAGUGUUUCCUGCUGUCUUAUUAGAUUUUCACAGUGUGUGAAAAGAAGUCAUGAUGUGUACAAGUGAAGAAAUCUAAGGACUCUUUUGUGCUUCAAGCACACAAAAAUGCACACGUAAAAGUCAUCUAUUAUAUCUUAGCUUUAGUUCAGGCACAGUAGCAGCCCGGCUAUAUUUACAACCUUCCUGCUCUCCUGCUGUUGCCAUUAGUCAUCAUUUUUCUGCAAGCCUAGGUCAGAAUACAACACAAAGAUUGUGAUGCUUCUUAUAUACAGUGCCUUACAAGAGUAUCCACACCUUUUCAACUUUUCCACAUGUGGUGUUACAAAAACAAACUACAGCAUAGUUUGUUUGAAAUAAAAUAAGUUUCAUUUUACUUUGUGAAGUAAAGUAUGCUGUGCAUCAUGCACUCCCACAGCAUGAUGCUCCUGCCACCCUGUUCCAAAGUGUGGAAAGUUUAUUUAUAUGCUCUUUAUUUCCCACCACACAUACAUUUUGUUGGCCAAAUACUGAACUAUUAGUCUUACUUGACCAGAGCACAUUUUUCCUCAUUUGCUGUAUCAUCUUCAUCACUUGUUGUAAAAUGGAACCAUAAGACUUCUUACUGCUCUCUUAAACACAGUCUUUCUCCCACCUGAGCUGUGGAUCUAUGCAGCUCCUCCAUAGUUGCUGUUGGCCUCUUUGCUCCUUCUCUCAGUGCUCUCCUUCAAGCCACUCCAUAAUUUGACCUGUCUGCUGUAAUCUUUGUGAUGCUUGUUGUCCAACAAAUCUGUUUCUCAGAGCAGUGAAUUCUGAUGAAGUUAUCUGGAAGUGGACACUAAUUACUUGUCAGAUAACUGUAGUGGGAUGACUUGUUGCAAUGGGUUUUAUUUAGUAAAAAAAAGAAAAACUGAGUACAAAAGCAUGCAAUAUUUUUCAUAUUUCCAUAAUUAAGAAAUUUGCUUCUAAAGUCACUGGUAGCCUUUAAUCAACAGUAGCUUCAUAGGAAGAAGGACAGAGAAGAGGAGGAGAUAUGCAGCAAAUGGCCCAGACAGGGUAAUGGAACUAGGGACCACUGAAAUGAGGACCAGAGCCUCUGAGCGGUCUACCUGCUCUACCACUGAACCACGUGGUACCCCAACUAAGAUUUAUGUAUCACUUUAGCUCAGCUUCAUUGUUAUGUAGGACUUUGUGUUGGUCUAUUAAAUAGACUCCCCAUCAAAUACAUUGAAGUAUGUGAUUUUGAACAAAAUGUAGAGAAAUACAUAAGAUUCAAAUACUUUUGCAAGGCACUGUAUUUUCAGAAGUCUGUGGUUUUAUUUUAAUUAGAAAUGCAUCAAGAGUCCAAAACAACUUAUUAGGCCUAAUCCAAGCCAAAUCCAAGUCAAAAUAUGUAUGUGACUUUGUCACAUUUGAGAAACUUAAACCCCAAAAAGAUGAUUUCUAGUUGAUCUAGUCUGUUGUUCAAAGUUCCAGUAUGUAACUUUCAUGAUUUAUA